AUAACCUUUAGACCAGGUUCCUCGACUACCCAAUUCAGAAAGGUUCCGUAAGAAACUUUUAUUCGGAAAGGUUUCCCGUAGUUCUUCCGUCGUGCACCUUUACGGAUGAUGACAACAACAACAACAACAACAGCUGUGUAGCUCCUGCUGCUGUAGCCUCCUCUGCUCUCUACAUAUUAUUAGGGCGGGGCGUUGGAGGAGAGAGAGGGGGAGAAUGCAGCCUUCGCGGUCUCUGCUCCGCUCUCUGGGAUCGUCCAUGAAAUGAUGGCCAGUGGCGCGAUCCCUCCAUCCAUUUCGGCGACCUAUAGCGGAUGUUAGGACGUCUGUUGAACAAUCGACCACCACGUUUCAGAUAUGGCCAAUAUCGCCACAUUCUGACCCUGCAACGAUACCGAGUGGAUGAUCUAGGACUGGGGGGGAGACGGUUGUGCUGCUCCCAGGGUUGGUGAAGAGAGAGAGAGCGAGCGAGAGGAUAGCUCGAUGGUCUGAUUCUGCAGAACAUUCGCCAUUGUUUGGAUGUGCAAGUCGCCGGCGAGCCCCGAAAACAGAAGACAGAUCGACUCCUUUAAUGACCUGCAGAAGAGAUAUCAUGAUCUCAUCGUUGCCUUACGUGCUGUGUCUGCUGGGAUGUUUACAGACCGCUCUCUGUUUCCGGGUGUCUGUUAAGGAUGGGGACUGGAUCAUUGCUACCCUGGAGCCUUCUGACCUGCGAGAGAAUGUGACGGGGUACGCUACCCGGGUCAUGGGGGAACCACGAACACACCUACUGCCAUUCCUGAACCAGUCUGACCCCACAGCCAGUCCGCUGGUCUUCAACUCCUCCCACCACGGACUCUGCUACACCGUCAGUCUGCUGCUCCGCCAGGGGAAGAGCUGGUCCAAGCCCAUCCACACCGUGGUUCUGCUCACCAAACCGCGUCCAGUGGACAACGUGGUAAUAUCAGACUACCAGGAGGCUCCAGAAACAGGGGUGGUGUUUGAGAUAAGCUCCCCAGAAAACAAUGUGUUCAGUCGGGUCAACAUCAGCUAUGCAGAGGGUCGGGAGCAGAGAUACAUGCUCUAUAAAGAUUUCUACAAAGGGAAGACAGUGUUUAAACACUGGCUUCCUGGAACAUGUUACAGCAACAUCUCUUUCCAGCUGAUCUCUGAAGCUUCAGUCAACAGAACCACCCUGGUCCGACGCAGUGACCUCACCCACGAGCCAAGACAACACAGGACAGUGCCCAACCCACCCCUCAAUAUCUCCCAUAAGAUCAUCCCUCUCAGCCAGAGGGCCAAGCCAGGGGCCACCCAGGAAAACCCUCAAUCCCGGUGGGCAAGGGACGUCCCCCUGAUCGAAGAACAGGUCGUGCAGGUGAACCAGGAAAUACAAGAAGUGUUGUCAGAACAGGUGGUGGGACUGGCCACACAGGUCCCAUAUAGCACUGCCCCCCAGAGGAACAACAGCUCUGAUGACUACUCCACCACUAACUUCAACACCACUGAAGAAGACAUCACAACAGUGCCCUAUUGGCCAGAACCCACUGGCCCCUCCCCUCGGAAUGGGGAAGAGGAGUUUGUGAAUGCGGUGGUUUCCGAGUAUGAGGACACCAAUGACCAAGGAUCAGCCAUGGGUCUGCCCCCAGAGACCUCCGUCAACCCCCCUCGUCUGCCUCCCGUUCUGUUGGAGCUACGCUGGCUGCCCCCCCGAGCCCCAACCACCUAUGAUGGAUUCAACAUCUACAUCUACAGGGAAGGUAACAUUACAGAAACAGCCACAGUGGAUGAGAACACCCAUGAGUUUUUCACAGAGCUGACAGAGUCUGGUAUUUACAGAGUCCAGGUCACCACACUGAGCUCCACAGGAGAUUGUGAGGCCAGAGAGAGUACUACUAAAACAGGGAUAACCUUCUACCUCAGUCCUACUGGAGAGGUAUUGGACCAGCCCCAGGAACGCCCCCGGGGGGUCAGUAUCAGGCUGCUGGGAUCCAGUACUGCAGCGGUGACCUGGGCCCAGUCCUCUGAGAGCCACAAUGGUAGCCUGGUGUCUGUGCUGUCCCUCACCUGCCACCGUCCAAGCCUCAGCCAGCGCAUGGAGAACACAUACUGCAAUGAGGAGAACACGACCACUGACAUCCUAUCAAACCUAACUCCUGGGGCCCAGUACAGAGUUCUGGUGUACCAUACUAACGGGCCACUCAUCAGCCCCCCGUCAGAACCUGUCAUCAUAGACAUCGAGCCAACAGGGGUACGGGAGCUGGUGGUAUAUUCUCUGAGCCCGACGGCAGUCAUCCUGUCGUGGCAGAGGCCAUACCACGUUGCCUUCAGGAAGUAUGUUCUGCAGACGUUCUUCUUCAACCCUGUCACGCUGGCCUCUGAGUGGACCACCUACUAUGAGAUUGCUGCUACAGCCUCUGUAAUCGCAUCCGUGAGAGUAACAGAUCUGUUGCCUGCCUGGUUCUACAACUUCCGUGUUUCCAUGGUGACCUGGGGCGAUCCCCCACUCAGCUGUUGUGACAGUUCAACGGUCAGCUUUAUCACAGCUCCAGAAGCCCCACACAUCUCCUCAGUAGAAUACAGCCAUGGGACUUUGUACAUUCGCUGGACCUAUGGAGAGCUCUUCAUAGACAUGUCCCACUCCAGGAUGCUACACUGGCAGGUCAAUGCUCAGAGCAGGAAGGGCUCCAGGAGAAGCUACUCUACUGAUGUGACUCGUAAUGUGAUGCGGGCCAGCCUGGCACUGCCUCCGGGAGACAUCUACAACCUGACCGUCACGGCCUGCACUGAAGGAAAACACAAUUCAUCUGUCCCUUACAUAAUUAAACUGGAACCAGCCCCUCCACGGUCGCUUUAUGCGGUCAACGCCACCCACUCCUCGGUGACCUUACUGUGGACUGAGGACGGAGUGGUUGACUUCUACCAGGUCCUCUGUAAACCCAUCAUCUCCAAUAACCGCGAUCUCAAGGCUCCAGAGGUCCUAACUGCCCAGUACCAUGUUGUGACCAUAUCCGGCCUGCUGCCGUCCUCCUCCUAUAACUGCACUGUCAUCAGCUACAGCUACAGCACCCCCAGCCAGCCAGUCUACAUUCACAUUACAACUACAGCCAGAGAGAUGAACCCCAGUAUAGCCGCUAUCUCUGCUCUGGCGGUCCUCAGUAUCCUGCUUCUCAGCCUGCUAGUCCUUUUCCUGCUGGUGCUACGCAAGAAACAUCUGCAGAUGGCCAGGGACUGUGGGGCAGAGAGCUUUGUCAACUUUGCUUCGUUUGAGAGAGACGGGAAACUGCCAUACAACUGGCGAAGGAGCCUCUUUGCCUUCCUUACCCUCCUGCCCUCCUGCCUUUGGACUGACUAUCUUUUGGCUUUUUAUAUUAAUCCUUGGAACAAGACUGCUUUAAAGAAACGGAAGCUUACAAGCCCGGUCCAGCUUGAUGACUUCGAAACUUACCUCAAAGACAUGAACAAAGACUCAGCCUACAAGUUCUCACUGCAGUUUGAGGAGUUGAAGAGUGUGGGCCUGGAUCUUUCCCAUGAUGCAGCCGACCUGCCCAUCAAUAGACCCAAGAACCGAUACACCAACAUACUGCCCUAUGACUUUAGCAGAGUGAAGCUUAUCUCUUUACACAACGAUGAGGGUUCUGAUUACAUCAAUGCCAACUACAUACCAGGCUAUACAUCUCCAAAGGAAUACAUCGCCACGCAGGGUCCCUUGCCUGAGACCAGGAACGACUUCUGGAACAUGGUGCUGCAACAGAAGAGCCACAUCAUUGUAAUGUUGACGCAGUGCAACGAGAGGCGCAGGGUCAAGUGUGACCACUACUGGCCAUUCACAGACGAGCCUGUGGCCUAUGGCGAGAUCAGUGUAGAGAUGUUGUCAGAAUCAGAGUCCCCUGAGUGGACAAUACGCAACUUCAGACUGGGAUACGCGGAUGUUUCUCAGGACGUUCUCCAUCUAAAUUACACAUCCUGGCCGGACCACGGUGUUCCCACAGUCAAUGCCAUUGAGAGCAUUCUUCAGUUUGUACACAUCGUUCGUCAGCAGGCCAAUCGCACCAAGGAACCUAUCGUGGUACACUGCAGUGCUGGUGUGGGCCGGACAGGGACCUUUAUAGCCCUGGACCGACUGAUGCAGCAUAUUAGGGAACACGAGUUCAUUGACAUUUUGGGGAUGGUAUCUGAGAUGAGGUCCCAUCGACUCUCCAUGGUCCAGACUGAGGAGCAGUACGUGUUUAUCCACCAGUGUGUCCUUCUCAUGUGGAAGAAGAAGAAGCAGCAAUCCAUCACCAGCGAUGUCAUCUACGAGAAUGUCAGCAAGUCCUAGUGACUGCCACCUGCGCAACAUGGCGUCAUCAUUUUGAUUCAGGCCUCCGUUCUUCCACUAAGACACAUUUUAUCAUCAAUACCAAAAACAACAAGACAGACUCAUCUGACAACACAAGAAGAAUAUCAUCAAUAUGGUUUUAGUUCUGCAGGCAUGGAACUAGCCUUUUCCACUGACUGCCUGACCGAGAUGUCAUCCUCUGUGAGGUGGAUGUCAUCCUCUAUGAGGUGGAUGUCAUCCUCUAUGUGGUGGAUGUCUAUCCUCUGUGAGGUGGAUGUCUAUCCUCUGUGAGGUGGAUGUCAUCCUCUAUGAGGUGGAUGUCAUCCUCUAUGUGGUGGAUGUCUAUCCUCUGUGAGGUGGAUGUCUAUCCUCUAUGAGGUGGAUGUCUAUCCUCUAUGAGGUGGAUGUCUGUCCUCUAUGAGGUGGAUGUCUAUCCUCUAUGAGGUGGAUGUCUAUCCUCUAUGAGGUGGAUGUCUAUCCUCUGUGAGGUGGAUGUCUAUCCUCUAUGAGGUGGAUGUCUGUCCUCUAUGAGGUGGAUGUCUAUCCUCUAUGAGGUGGAUGUCUAUCCUCUGUGAGGUGGAUGUCUAUCCUCUGUGAGGUGGAUGUCUAUCCUCUGUGAGGUGGAUGUCUAUCCUCUGUGAGGUGGAUGUCUAUCCUCUGUGAGGUGGAUGUCUAUCCUCUGUGAGGUGGAUGUCUAUCCUCUGUGAGGUGGAUGUCUAUCCUCUAUGAGAAUAGACAUCCAUGAGGUCUAUCCUCCUGUAGUUUCAACAGAACAGACUGAGACUUGAGGAUCCGGGAGGGAGGGGUUCCCUUGCGAAAGGGAAAGGACGUUGUUCAAUGGGAAAAUGUAUCCUUUCUCUUCUCACACAGCAACGUACUGGACCUGAACUGAAGUAGAGAUGGCCAUGUCAUAACUACUGUAUCAUUUAAUUUGUUUUCUCUCUCAGGGUCAACUGACACCCAGCCACACAUGCCUAAUGCUGUCUGACUGUCUGCUACCUUCCUGUACGUCUUGUGAACAGUUACACUUCUGACCCAGGGACAAUGUCUGACUGGAAUGGUUGAAUGCUAGCAGGCCUGCCGUGGUUUAACACUAGCAGACCUGCCAUGGUUUAAGGUUUAAAGCUAGUGACCUGCCACUGGUAGCAGAAGGUUGUGUUUGACAGUAGUGUGGCAGGUAUUCUAGUGUGUGUACAUACUGUCCGAUACACUUUGUUCAUAUCCUAAAGCUCACAGAGUACUAACCUUAGCGUUCACAUCUCACAAAAUCUCCUGCUGCAGAUAGCUUCCAUUCUGAACAUGCUCUAGGAUGUUGCACUGCCCCCUAAAUGGGAUCACCCACCUGGCUAGGAAAGACGCACCGCUUUUUCAGACUGACAGCUUGGAGGAAAGAAUUCCCACUACCGCCAUGAGAGACAUGGGCUGUGGAAUUCCAGUUCAGAAGCCAGACUGUGGCUGUGUUGUUGUGUUUGCCCUGGGGUGGUCAUGUGGUAAGGACAGGGACAGCAGUGUGUCUCUCUGCCCCUCUGCUACAGCAGUGUCUGCUCUACUAUGGAGAACUAACAUUUCUGCUCUACUUGGUUAUCAGUGUCUCUGCAGCAGGGUUUUUUAACCUACUCUGGAUAGUGGGUUGAUUUUUGGGGAACUGUUAUUUAUAAAAAAAAAUGUGGUUGUAUUACUGAUAAUGUUAUUAAUACUAUAAGUAUUACAUACAUUACACUCUGUUUAUAAUAAUAGUAACUGGGAUGUCUGUAUCUACAACUUUCACUGAGAAAAUAUACAUUGAAGUUGCAAGAUGAGAAAGUUGUGCAACUCUACGCUUGUUAAUCCUCCAGUAUUGGAACGGAAAAGUGUGUAACCACUGCUGAAGUGUGGCCUAGCAGGCUGAAGAAAACUAGAAACCUUUUACACAUCAUUAAAACAAGCAAUGUCUUAGUUCCCAACCCCGGGAACACCUGGCCUAUCUGCAUGGGGUACUUGAGAAGACAUGGCUUACUGAUAUACCAUACACAGCAGGAGGUGCUCCAGGGUAGUUGGUGGAACCACUGCUGUAGAACGUUCUGAUUCAUUUAAACACCUUGUUUACUAGGUAAGUGUUGAGACAUGAACGAUGCACAAUGUAAAUGUGCAUAUUAGAAAAGGCACUUCCUGUGUCCCCAAGCGAUGUCACAUCUGUGACAUCACUGGAACAGCCAAACUCCAGGAGGAAGUGACUGGAGCUUGCACCUCAUCUGAGACAACUAGACACCAGGGAAAUGGAACAACCAGCAAAUCAAAAAAACUGUAUAUUUAGUUCACACUGUAGCUCAGAAUUACCCGGGUACAUUAUUAUUGAUGUCCAUUAUUAUUGAUACAUUAUCAAUGUUCACUGUUUACUAAACAAAGGGAUCACUACAUUACCAUUCAAAACUUUGGGGUCACUUAGGAAUGUCCUUGUUUUCAAAAGAGAACCACAUUUCUUUGUCCAUUAAAAUAAGACCAGAUAGAUCAGAAAUACAGUGUUCAUUUUGGUAGUGACCACUGUAGCUGGGAACGUGAUAUUUAAUGGAAUAUCUACAUAGCCGUACAGAGGCCCAUUGGCCAAUGGCACGUUGUGUUUGCUAA